AUGGGCGUUCAAUCCAAGGAGGCUGUUCCACCAUGGGGACUGGCAGUCGCUGGUGCGACCGGUGCUGUUCUCGCCAACGCUCUUGUAUACCCGCUGGACAUUGUCAAGACGCGUCUGCAAGUCCAAGUAAAGAGAAAGCCGAAUGAUGUAUCCACUACCACCAACGACCGACAUUACGAAGGCACCCUGCAUGCAAUCAACUGUAUCAUCGAGGACGAAGGUCUAGCAGGUCUCUACUCAGGCAUGUUCGGUUCGCUUCUUGGAGUCGCAAGCACGAAUUUCGCAUACUUCUACUGGUACUCGGUUGUCCGAACCUUGUACUUGUCGCGAGUCGCCAUCCCUGGACCUCCAUCGACCGCCAUUGAGCUCAGCUUGGGUGCUGCCGCCGGAGCACUUGCACAGCUCUUCACAAUUCCAAUUGCAGUCGUCACGACGAGACAACAGACACAACCAAAGGNNGGAGACAAGAAGGGAAUGUUGGAAACAGCAAGAGAGGUCAUCAACAGUGAAGACGGUUGGACAGGGUUGUGGAGAGGCAUGAAGGCGAGCUUAGUGCUUGUUGUGAAUCCAGCCAUCACAAUGGGCAAGCCUUUCGGUUCUUUCCUCGAAGUGAUGAAGUACAUCAUUGACCACGAAGGCCCUAUGGGGCUCUUCAAGGGCAUUGGUCCUCAGAUUCUGAAAGGCUUGUUGGUACAAGGACUUCUGAUGAUGACANAAGAAAGAAUGGAACUCAUGUUCGUUCUUCUCUUCAGAUAUGUGCGCAAGCUCCGGGCAGAGAAGCUGCAAAAGGUUGCAGAGUUCGCAGCCGAAAAGGCGAAGAAAGUCGCCCCCGUCGUAAUGAAGUAG